AUGUCUGCAUCGGUAAGCGAUCCUCUUGCGACACACGGAAUGCUCGUGUUGAGUAUCCUCUCGGCGGCAGCACUUGUCGGAAGUGUGUUUUACAUAUUUUACCCCGCUGUGGAGGUGUUUCGACGGGGUGCCCGAGGCAAGGACACCCUAGACGUUCUACAAAAUGCGGAACGAGUUUCUGCAACGAACCCACCAUUGAUUUCUAUCAUUAUACCUGCCUAUAAUGAAGAAGAGAGAAUCACGAUUAUGCUGCAAGAAGCCUUCGACUAUCUAUCCUUGAAAUCCUGCCCGGCGUUGGAAUCUCUGAGGCAGGCGGUUCGUCACUACAAUUCGCUCGCCACCGUCGAUUCGCGAACAAUCGAAUGGAUUGUUGUCAACGACGGUUCGACUGAUCAAACAUGCCAAGUCUACGAAUCGUUUGUAAGGAAUAUUCCGAAACAACAAACACCCAUGACUUGGAAGUGUCUCAGUCUAGCUCGCAACUCUGGCAAAGGGGCGGCCGUCCAGGCCGGCAUGCUCCGGGCGAAGGGAUUGUUUCGUCUCAUGGUUGAUGCUGACGGCGCGACGUCGUUUAGACCGGGUUUAGAAGCCGUCACUGCUUCGUUGCAAGGAACACAAGCGCCCAUCGUGUUUGGGAGUCGCGCACACUUGGAGCAAACGGUCCAACGCAGUUUCGUGCGUACAACCUUGAUGAAAGGCUUUCACAUCCUCGUUGAAUGGCUUGUUGGAGCUCACGAAAUUCGGGAUACUCAGUGUGGCUUCAAGAUCUUUCGAGACGAUGCCGCUGCCGUUCUGUUUGAGACCUUGCAUUUACAACGCUGGGCCUUUGAUACGGAACUCGUCUUUGUCGCGCAUCGACUCCAAUUGCCCAUGCAAGAAGUGGCUGUACCCUGGCACGAGGUAGAAGGCAGCAAACUGCAUACCAGUGCGUUUUCGCUCAUUGUGGUCGCGGUUCAGAUGCUGCGCGAUAUGCUCUGCGUGCGGCUCUGCUAUACGUUCGGACUCUGGAAGGUUGUAACCUUACAACCAGCCUCGAAAGAGGACUGA